UUUUUGCUUUCUGGUCUGUUUCCCUUUAUUUUAUUGCUGUAAUUUCAUUAGUCCUGCUCCAAAGUCCCUCGUGUGGAUUGCCCCUCGCUUUGGAACACCGAGUUUUUAAUUUAAUUAAACUAAAUUAAUUAAUCGAUCGGGGUUGGUUUACUUGCGCUCCUGGCACGUCCUCCUCCGCCUCCUGCCACACUGGUGAAGCACACCAACAAUUCCCCUCUGCGCUGUCUUGUCUCUGUUCUGGAGCAUUUGUGCCUGCGUCUUGAUUCCGGACUCUCCCCCCUCCUCAACCCCCUUCUCGAGUCCACCGUUCUAUCGGAUCGUCACAUCCCCUCUUCUAUUUCCCUCGGACGCAACGCUGAUCGCGACUGGUCAAAAAGUCUCCCGCGACUCUCGUCUGCAGUUUUGGACCUGUCCCUCUUCAUCCUUCAUACCUCGUCGGCUCUGUUGUCUUGUUCGCGACUUUCGUCAGGCGCUCAACCGUCAUAAUGGGUGGUCAAGUGUCUAAGAUUAUGGGGAAGAUCUUCGGAACCAAGGAAAUGCGGAUUCUGAUGUUGGGACUCGAUGCUGCAGGAAAGACCACGAUUCUCUAUAAACUUAAACUCACAAACCAGGAUGUCACCACCAUCCCCACCGUUGGCUUCAACGUCGAGAGUGUCACCUAUAAGAACGUCAAGUUCAACGUGUGGGAUGUCGGUGGUCAGGACAAGAUUCGGCCGCUGUGGAGACACUACUACUCCGGUACCCAAGGGUUGAUCUUCGUCGUCGAUUCCAGCGACACCGCUCGUAUAGAGGAGGCUCGCUCCGAACUGCACAAGAUCAUCAACGAUCGCGAAAUGAAGGAUGCCCUUCUGUUGGUGUUUGCGAACAAGCAGGAUGUUCAAGGCCACUUGAGCCCUGAAGAGGUUACCAGUGCGCUGCAGCUCAACAAGCUUAAGGACAAGCUGUGGUACGUGGCGCCCAGUGUUGCUACCGACGGUACCGGUAUCUUUGAGGGAUUGGCUUGGCUCUCGAACAACGUCAAGACGCCACCCCAGAAAUAAGCCAUCUCUCCAUACACACUCGUUCCCGACCGACCAAACGACCUUACUACAGGCCUCAUCCCAGCUCCGACGCGGCCUUGUGUAUAACACCCUAUCUUGGAACCAACCGACCUCAUUCGUUUCAUGUCCGGUUUGAUGACAGAAGACGCAGUAUUAAAACCUGUGUCUCGACCACCUUGACGCCCUCUUUUUUCUUUCUUUUUCUUUUUUUUUCCUUUUUUUUUACCUUAUCUUUUCUUUUUCUCUUCUCUUUCAGCUUCGAUUAGCUUCUGAUGAUAUCCCCCUUGUUUCCACACGGGCUUAUAUGUCAAUACCCCCCUGAAUAUCUAAUUAAUACCUGCCUUUUCUUGUCACACUCUUGCCCCCCCUGAUCCGGGCACUAUCUCAUUUCCGUUGUCAUUUUCUUCCGCUGUAGAAAGAUCCAAAUAGAAGGAAAAUGGAACCCGCACAUAUACAGAUACAAA